UAGCGUUAGCUAGCUAGCGGCUAAAACAGCAUACGAGCGGAUGUCAGUCAUAGUGCCGCAUCUGCUUCUUGAAAACAAUUACUUUAUCUCGGACAAGAGAUGUUUCUCGGGGUCCAAGAUCAGGGAGGAGAAGGCGCUAAUGUUGAGAAAGAGAGUUGUCUUGAAUUGCAAAAAGGGGAAUGCGAAACCUGCGUGGUUUGUAGAACAAAAUUGAAUUCCUCCGCAUUUCCCAAACUCCUUCCGUGCCUUCAUCCUGUUUGUAAAGCCUGCAUUACAAACAACAAUGACGGAAACGACAAAGAAUGCCCGAUGUGUGGACUGGCUUUCAAUCUGUCAGAAGUUACGGAUUGCUUCAUGUUUAUGGAGUCUGCCCCCAAGUGUGGCGGGUGUGAUGAGUCUGUGCCAAGUGGCUGGUGUGUGCAGUGUGAGGAGGCCCUGUGCUCCCAGUGUGUGUCAGCCCACCAGCGAGUGAAGGUGACACGCGACCAUACAGUUACACCUCAGGAUCCUUCAUCAGGUCCAACUGCCAGCCUGCGCUGUACUUCACACAAGCAGGAGUGGCUCAAGUUCUUGUGCGUCACGUGUAAUGAGCUCACCUGUAGAGACUGUCAGCUGAUCCUCCACAGAGGCCACAGUUUUCUGUUGCUGGAGGAAGCUGUGGUGUCCCUGAAAGAGCAGCUUCAGAAGAUGCUGCACUGCAUUCGCGAGCAGAGGAACAGCAUGAUGGAGAGCCUACUGAACAUGGAUGGAAGAUUGCAAGACAUAAAGGUGUUAAAAGUUGCCUCAAAGAAGAAACUGACUGAUAUAGUACACAACAUGUACCUGUGUUUGGUGUUGAGGGGACGUGAGCUGUUUAAGGAAGUUGAGGGCUUGUAUGAUGAGGAAGAGAAGAGUCUGCUAGAGAUGAAAACCAAUCUAAGAAAGCUGGAAGAGAGGCAAGAGUAUGUCACUGCUUUUAUUCACAAGAUUCUGAGGACUGACAGCCAGUGUAUCCUGCUACACAAAAAGCAGAUUGAGAAACAAGUGGAGGGGCUUUUAUCACAGAACACCUGUCUGAAUGAAACUAUGAUUCGGCCUACACUCCAGCUAAGCAGUGAAUUCUGCAAAAUUAUUAAAACUUUUGGUUCAGUUAAGGUCCAAAAAGUUCCUCUUGAAUCUCGAAGAAAAUACUUGAAUAUCAGUAAGCCUAAAGAAGCCCCCAAGGAUGUAGAUAGUGGCCCUAAAGGAAAAAACUCCAAACCUGUGGCUGCUGUGAGUGUUUUUGGCCGCGAGAUCCCUCAGUCCUCGGCUUGUUCAGAUACAAAGGCAACCCCCGAGUUGCCCUGUUUGGUCGAGUCUGAGUCUGCCUCAGUGAAACCAGCACUGCUCCUGCAAAGGUCAUUGCCUGUACUGCAGGCAUCAGACCCCAUCCACCCUGAAGCUCCUGGUGAGAGCCAUGGUAGCGCGUCCUCUGUUCUUGCUCGCUGCUGCCCUCUCCCCCCGCCUCAAAGCACUACGGCCGAGUCCGUAGCCGCACAAGUGAGCGCCACCCUGCCUCCAUCUGCCUCGUCUCACCCUGCCUCCACUCAACAAGUUACACAGAGCUUCAGAACCCUCUCCCACCCUUACCCUUCCAUAGUUGGCCACGCGUCUACUUCUUUACCUAGCCAGAGAGUUUUAAGCAACUUCCCCUCGCGUCCCUCUCAGCUUGACACUGCGAUGCUUCAGGCCAAUUCAGCACUGCCUCCUCAGGUUGGCAGUAUCCCUGCUGCAGUGUCCCUGAGUCUCGUGCCCCAUCGCCCCACAGUCCAGCGCUCCAUCUCCCUCCACACCGCCUCGUCCCAGUUUUGGUUGAACGGUUCAUCUGCCUUCCAGUUACUCGCUCACAACCAGACUAGAUCUCACUCUGCUCCAACUUUCUCAACCCCAGCUCCCCCUGCUCAACCUACCCAGGCUGGGUCUGACCCCCAGCAAUCUAAUGGGAAAGUCAUAUCUGACCAUAGGCAGCAUAAUGUUCAUCUGAGUCAGUCAGUCAGGGUUCGGUCUUCUCCUCAAUACUGCCAGUCAAAUAGUCAGUUCCCUAGUACUCCCUAUAGUGGAACUGUCCCUUUUACUCAGGCUUCCUCAAAUGUUCUGCCUGUUCAUUUGCAGUCCUCUGAUGCUGCUGUUGCUCAGGCCCAUCCUCUACUGUUCAAUCUUCUCAAAGAACCAGACAACAAUACUUCUUGCAAGUCUAGAGGAACAUGGAAAUUCCACUAUUACACUCCUGUUCCUACUGUAAAUCAGGCCAUCAGUGUCCCCUUUACUCCAAACUGCACUGUUCUCACAACACCACGUUCUGGCCCUGAUAUAACACCUGCUUCAAACUCUAGUUUUGCAAAAGGUCUCCCUGCCUUCAAGGAGAUUAUGACAUCAUGGCAACCUGGGACAAGCAAUGCAGCUUGCUCUGCUCUGCCUGUAGAGCUAAGAUUCACAGGUUUACCAGUUAUCAGUAAUAAUGAACCAACUCGCACUGUGUCCAUCAUGCCCACACUUAGUGCCCCUCAAGCACCCAACAGCUCCCCAGCAGUACCCAAUGGUAUCCAAAGUGAACAUGUCAGCCAGACUACUAGAAUGCCAAAGUGCGAGGUGCCAGUGAAGGCGCCAGCUGAUUCGCUGGGUGAGGAAUCAGUUAGUGUGGGGGCCAGGGCUUCUCCUGCUGAGGAGGACCCAGAUGGCAACCUUCCCACUUCCACUGUGCCUGAACCGGAUACCAACAUGGCCCUACCCUCCCACCCCCUGCAAGAUCCUCCUUUUAUUGCCACAGUGCAGGACUGCCUUUCUCACCUGAGUUCAGCCUCCCUGUCCAAAUUGCCAGUCGAAAGCGUACCAAUCCCCACACCCACAGAAAACGCUUCCGCAUUCAAACCCAAGAACCUAGGCUUUCCAGUGUCCUUCCGGCAGAUAUUAGAACAGACAGCCUCUCCUACCAGCCAGGUGGACGGAGAAGCCCCUGAUGAUGUUCUCCCCAGAUCUGUGACAGAGUGGGCAUCUCCAACCAGCAUGCAGCAGGGGGACGAGGAGGAGGAGGUAACUGAUAUUAGUGAUUCUGAACCAGUGGAAGAGGUUUAUGAAGCCAUCAAAUCUGAGGGGUCUUCUAAAUUAACAGCAGACACCAAUAGGUCUCUGUGGGUAUCGUUGCCACGGUUGCCGAUCUCUCUUCCUGCCACAGGAUCUCCUCUGCCUCAGUUUCGCAUCGCUGCCAGUGGCCAGACAGCUGAAAUUCUUCUCACAGAGCUCAAGGAUGGCCAGCCAACCCAGAGAUGCUUCAUUAUCCCUGCAUCGCCAGAGACCAUCUCACUGUUACAGUCCCAGAGUCCAGGUGGCCCUCUGCUGGAUGGGGUGCUGCAGUGCGCUGUCUGUCUCUCUGCAGGAGCCUUGUUGCUGUGUGCAGAAUGUGGAAGAAGUUUUCAUUCCGAAUGCCAUGUACCGCCAGACUUUAAACACUCUGAGGUUUGGAUGUGCUCCCUGUGUCAAAAUGUAUUGGAUGGCACAGACCCAUUCAGUCACAGUAGGCUAAAGGAGCCCUACCUCAGUAUCCAGGACCAAAGAAGAUGUGAACAGCUUUUGCUCACUUUGAUGUGUGAAGAACACAGCUACCUACUCUACAGAAAGACCAAGCAGAGUCGAAGAUGUGUGGGAUUUGAGUUUAUUGUUGGGCGUCUUCUGGGGAAGCGAAGUCCUCCAUACCGCUCAGCAGCUGAACUGGUGUCUGAUAUCUGGGCUCUUUUUGAUAUCUUGUUUAUAAGCUCCAAGAUGAGAGACUUUGUCAUCAAACUUCAAAGAUCAUUUCAGGAGCGACUGAAUAUAACAUUUGGGGAGAGUCUCCACGCUUCUCUCCUGAAGCCUCCUUCCAGUGAGGACCAGAAGGGGAUGCCAGAGCCUGAGGUUGACAGAAACGAUGCCAAAAAUACUCUAAAGAGGAUGAAGGCAUUUUUUGCUGCAAACUCUGGUGCAAAGAAACGCCGCACUGCAAGAUCAGACAAAGACUAGGACUAUUGGAGUCAAUCAGGUUUGAAUGUUUACAAACAUGCUUACAAACCCACAACUUUAUUAGAAACUCCUGCAUUACACCUGUAAUCAUCGGCUACUUAUUACACCUGUAAUUGCAUUUUGUCACGUACUAUAGCGCUGGCAGUGUGUUCACAUACACAGUUUGUUAGCAUGCCUGUUCAUCAGUGGUCCAUUUCUAACCACAGAAUUACUGUUGUCUCUGAUAUUAUCUGACUGAUGGACCACUGUCAACAGGGCAGACAUUCCUGUGCAUGUAUGUGGUAGUCGAUAGGCUAUAGUCUGUACACCCAAGGUGUUUCUAAUAAAUAAAUGUUGCCAAUGAAGUCUGUCCAUGUAGGUCGAGAAGCAAUAGUUUUGUGAUAGUUUUGCUUUUUUUAAAAUAAAAACAAAUCUAUUUA